GAGAAUCAUUCACUUCAAAUUAAGAAGACCCACAAUGGAAAUUCCUCCGCCGCCCGGAAAUUCGCCCCGAGCGGCGGCGGUGGCAAUGGAGGCUGCUUGGUAGCUCUCCGUCGAACCUCAGCCCAGCCCCCAAGUGGAGGGAGCAUAUAUUUGCAUAGAGAGAGCGAAAGGGAUCGAAUUGGUUCAAAAAAGGAGGGGAUAUUUUGGAAUGUGCCUGUGAGAAGGCACAUCAAUCAGUUCCCUCCCUCCCCCCUUUCUUUAUCAACUCCAUAAAUUACAGCUCCAUGGCCUUCAAUCGAAUUCACUGCUCCUUGCAUAGGAAGAACUCUCUUGAUCUCGAUCUCGAUCUCGAUCUCUCCCUCCCUCGUUAAUUAAUUUCGCUAUUUUCGGUGAAUAUUUCUAAAAAUUAAGAAGAAAAAAAAGCGAAAAUGGUGAACUUCUCUAAGCAGUUUGAUGGGCAGCUUGUUCCUGAAUGGAAAGAGGCCUUUGUUGAUUAUUGGCAGCUCAAGAAGGACCUCAAAAAAAUUAAUCUCCUCAGCAUUCCAUCCCACAACCCACCAAACAAAACCGAAACCUUCUUCUCCUUUUUGAGGAACUUCACCGUCAGCAAUCAUCGCAGAGACCACCGUGGAGUCAUCCAAGUGCACAUGAAACUUGCUUCUUCGAUGAGUAGAGGGGACUUGUACGAGACAGAGCUGCUGGAUCAGCUGAUCGAUUCUGAGGCGGCCAAGGAUUUCUUCUCGUGCUUGGACCUUCAGCUGAAUAAGGUGAACCAGUUCUACAAGUCCAAGGAGAAGGAGUUUCUCGACCGAGGGGAGUCGCUGAAGAAGCAGAUCGAGAUCCUAGUCGAGCUUAGGUCAGCUAUCAAGGAACAGCAGCACAAAGGUUCCGGCAGUGCCCAGGACGAUAAAGAGGAUCCUUCCAUUACUUGCACCUUAUCAUGUGAGGAGGAGUCAACUAAGGACAAAGCAGAACAAGACGAUCUUCUGCAAGAUAGCAGUACGGACAAGUACUCAGACAGGAGUGAGAUUCCGCCGUCUGUGGAAUCCCCGAGACCAGAAGAGACGUGCAAGUCCAUGAUGAGAACAAUGAAGAGGGAGGACAGUAAACUGAGGUCUCUCUCGAGUCGUUCAUUUAGCUGUCAGGGGAAGAAUUUAAAAAUCAAUAUCCCUUUAACCACGCCGUCACGGACUCUGUCGGCGAUAAGCGACUUGGUCUUUGAAGAUCUGAUCAGCCCUUCGUCAAAGAAAUGCGGGCCCGAUGGCAGGAAGGUACAUAUUAACAGGACUAGGCUGCACCACGCAGAGAAGAUGAUUAGAGGAGCUUUAGUUGAGCUGUACAAAGGGCUGGGCUAUCUCAACACUUACAGGAACUUGAACAUGCUUGCUUUCGUGAAGAUUUUGAAGAAGUUUGAUAAAGUGACUGGAAAGGAAGUUCUUCCAAUCUACCUGAAAGUCGUGGAGAGUUCUUACUUCAGCAGUUCAGACAAGGUAAUGAGCUUGGCUGACGAGGUUGAGGAGCUGUUCACCAAGCACUUUGUUGGACAAGACAGGAGAAAGGCCCUCAAAUACCUCAGGCCGCAGCACCGGAAAGACUCGCACGGCAAGACGUUCUUUAUUGGGUUGUUUACUGGCUGUUUCGUCGCACUCUUCACCGGGUAUGUGAUUAUGGCUCACAUAACCGGAAUGUACCAAAGGCAAGGAGACAGCAUUUACAUGGAAACUGUAUACCCCGUCCUCAGUAUGUUCAGCUUAAUGUUCUUGCACUUAUUUCUGUACGGAUGCAACAUAUUCUCUUGGAGAAAGGCACGUAUAAACUAUAACUUCAUAUUAGAACUCUGCCCUACAAAGGAGCUCAAGUACAGAGAUGUGUUCUUAAUCUGUACCACAUCGAUGACUGUCGUGGUAGGUGUCAUGUUUGCUCACCUUUCCCUCCUCACCAAAGGCUACUCCUUUACGGAAGUCCAAGCCAUCCCCGGCCUCCUCUUGCUGGGCUUCUUACUAGUGCUCGUAUGCCCUCUGAAUAUUUUCUAUCAGUCGAGCCGUUAUAGGCUGCUUAAGGUGAUAAGGAACAUUAUCUUGUCCCCUUUUUACAAGGUUCUAAUGCUGGAUUUUUUCAUGGCUGAUCAACUAUGCAGUCAGGUGCCAAUGCUCAGAAACUUGGAGUACGUAGCGUGUUACUUUAUAACCGGAAGCUAUAAAACUCAGGACUAUGGAUACUGCAUGAGAACAAAACAUUACCAGGACCUCGCCUACGCAGUCUCUUUCCUUCCUUAUUACUGGAGAGCAAUGCAGUGUGCGAGGAGAUGGUUCGAUGAAGGACAAACGAGCCAUCUAGUAAAUCUUGGAAAGUACGUGUCUGCAAUGUUAGCAGCAGGAGCCAAAGUGGCAUACGAGAAGGAGCGGACUGUCGGGUGGCUCUGUCUUGUUGUAAUAGUCUCGAGCUGUGCGACUGUUUACCAGUUGUACUGGGACUUUGUCAAGGACUGGGGAUUGCUACAACCCAACUCCAAGAACCCGUGGCUCAGGAACGAACUCAUGCUCCGUCGCAAGUUCAUUUACUACUUAUCCAUGGCGUUGAACCUCAUUUUGAGGCUUGCGUGGCUACAGUCUGUCCUGCACUACAGCUUUGGGAGCAUUGAUUACAGAGUCACGGGCCUAUUUAUGGCGGCCCUAGAAGUUAUACGAAGAGGGCUCUGGAAUUUUUACAGGUUGGAGAAUGAGCAUCUAAAUAAUGCAGGCAAGUUCAGGGCAGUCAAGACGGUGCCACUUCCCUUUCAUGAAGUGGAUGAAGAGGACUGAUGCCUAUAAAUUUUUCUCUCCCCCAGUUUGCAUCACCUUGUGAGCAGAACUCGAUUCGGUGCGUAAGCGAAUAGGGAAAGGAACACGGAAUUCCCGAAAGAGGGCACCGCUGUACAGCUUCUAGUGCAGCAACCCAAUGUAAACAGCUGUCGACCGAUCAAUUGUCAAUAAAAUUUUGUUGUAGUUGGGUGGAUGUUGGCAACAUGUUUCAUUCAUUAUUCCCAAUUUUCUAUCCUUGACAUCAAAGAACAAGAGGAUCUAGGACUUUAAAAGAGCGUUUCUAGUUUA